AAAAAUUAACUAAAGAUGCCUUGCAAAGGAUGCGGAAAUAACUGCCAGUGCACUUCCGGCAAAUGCGGCGGCAACUGCGCCGGAAACCAGCAAUGCCAAUGCGCCGGCAAAGCGCCCACCAAGUGCUGCCAGGGCAAAUAAAUGUGCGAACUAAUCUAUGCACGCAUCAGGCAACAUAAUGGACCAAAGUACCUCCGGGUGAACUCUCCCCCCUUACCUAAAUACGCAAUAUAGUUAAAUACUGAAAUCUCCGACUGAUUGUUGUUAAAUGAAAUUUAAUAAAUUUUAUACUUAAUAUUCAAUUUAAA